UGUGAAAUUAUGGUAUGUGAGAAAACAUGAUUUAAAUAUGAACUGCACACAAGAAGUAGCAGUGAACGGGCAGAGUGGAUGGAGUUUAUUGGGAGGUAAUGAGUGAUUGACAUUAUGUCUAUGACUACUCACAAGAAGUACUUUACACCAGCAGCAGCAGCACUCAUGGCAGCAGGACCAAGCUGGGUCUGGGGGUGGACAUGACCACCAAGGACGCCAUCGAUGGUACACCAGGAGACAGCAGCAUGGAGUCGGUGUUGCCUGUACGUAAUUACAUCUGCUGUCACUGCUUCUUGGCAUACCUCCGACCUUAUUUCUACGUCUUCCUGGGCACAAUUGCUUCAACUCUGGUGUAUUUCCGUCUAGAGCGACCGUCCGCCGUUAAGAAGCAGUUAUCUCGUCGACAUUCCACAGUGGUUAUCCAGGUGUUGUUUCUGAUAUUGGCAUUCAUAGAGAACCUUGUGUUGCUGUCGUUGGGCAUCGUGGGCUUGGACAAGGUGAAAUAUGACAACACCUUCAUCAUCAUCUCGGCUGUGUUGUGUGCUAUAAGUUACCUCACUGGUGUUAUACUUCAUGCAGUUUAUUACAGUUGUUUUGGUCACCCGUGGGUGGACAUCAAUGGACCUACUGUUUCUCGAGAUCCAGAUGAGGGGACGCUAGUCUUCGCCUACUACCGCCAGGGGCAAGUGUCUAAGUGGUCCAUUCAUUCCUGCUGCACCAUCAUUCAUCAUAACGAACUCCCAACAGACAACAUUUACCGCCAGGACCUGAAGAUCAACGGCAAAGAACGACAGGUCAAAAAUUUGUAAACAGCAGUUGGAAAUAUACAUUGCAUUUUGAAGCUGCUGUUACUGUUAAUUAUAUGUUGCAAGCAUUUUAUGAUCAUAUAUUGCUGAAAAUACUUUUUCUUAAAAUUUGGGUUUUCCCAUGAAAUUUUUGUCAUUUUAAAUUUGAAGCUUUGAAGAGAUUUACACACAUUAUGCAUGAAUUGAGUCUACAUAAUAAGUUUACAGAAUUAUAUUUAAUUUUCAGUCAAAAUUGAGGCUUCACAGAAGCAAAUUUAAUGUGACAAUCUCUCACAAGGGUUGAGCCAGAACAUGACUCAUAAUAAGUUUCUUGCAUGGUGAUGGACACAGUACACUAUAGUGAGGACAGUUAAUGGCUCUCUAGGUCUAGUCACAAACUGUGUGUGUGUGUGUGUGUGUCUUUAUGUGUGUGUGUGUGCAUGUGUAGACACAGUAUUUUGUAAAUACUAUACAUUUAUCACAAAUUUUGGUCUGGUGUAUAUAUCCCAUAGAAGUGUAAAGCUUGUGAUAGAAAAAAUAGUAAAAUAUUUGACCUGCUGUACAUAUAUAUUUUUUUUUUAAGGAUGAAUAGUGCAUUUAAUGAUUAGGGUAGGGAGUGAGGUGGGUUACUGUUGAUAACUUCUUUCUGUCUAGUCCGCAACACACACUGCUCCAUAUACAAGGGCUGGUGUUCCUUGCUUUAUUAUGUAUUUUGAGUUGCAAAGCUAUCUUGACAAGUAGCUCACUUGUGAACAAAAAUACAGGAAUGCAGAGCACACCUUCACUGGAACAGUGUUUUGUUCAUAUAUGAGGGGUUUUUCUGUGCACAUGUGUCCUUGUCCACAUACCCAUUGCUUGAUUAGCAUCUGCCCUGUAGAAGUUGUGUUAUGCAGUCAGCUUAUUUAGGUAAAGAGAGAAAGCAAUUUUUUCAAAAGAAAAUUGCAUAACUUUUUCAGAAGCUGCUCUCUGGGUAUAUGGUAAUUGUGAGCUGAGUAACUUGAUACUCAAAAUAAUAUUGUGUGCUUAGUCAAAGAAGAGUUUGCACUUAUUUAUAUCAUCUUCAUUUUCAUGCAUUAUGUACUUCAUUAUCAAUUGUUAACGAUGGCAGUGUUGUGAAGAAAAGACACAAGUUGCAGAACAAGCUUUUGUUGUUUCACUUUAUUAUGAAUUGUUCAAGUGUUACACAGACAGAGUGAAACACUGCCAUAAUAAACCUUGUUCUAUAAUGUGUCCUUUCUUCACUAUUGUCAGCAAUAUGUCUUUUGCAUCCAUUGGCAGAGCCUCUGUAUCUGCAGGAAAACUUCUGAAUCUGACAUGACUAAUAGACUUAUGAAAUGUCGGCAGUUACAUCAGUACAGCUGUUUUAGGUCACAAACUGCCAGUGUUGCAAGCAAGCAGUGUUAUAUAUAAUUGCAGCAUCACAGACUGCCAGUGUUGCAAGCAAGUGAUCGGACUAUAACUAUAGCAUCACAGAUUUCCGUGCUGCAACAAAAAGGUUGCAUAGCCAUUGCAACAUUAACAUUAGUGCCAUUGCCACUGAACCUACUGUUUUUUUGCUCAUACAAAUUGGAAAGAAAUGUUGGACCAAACAAACAUCAGUUGAAGGCAAUAAGAGGCAGUGCACUGCAUGAGUUUCAAGAUAUAUCAUAUUAAGAGUGUACUAGUGUACCGUCAUUGUAUAUCUUGCCCUUUUUAGGCAGAGUCCAUCAGACAAGUCAAAGUGCCCUGAAAAUAGAUCUUUUAAAUAAAUUAUUUUCUUUAUUGCUAGAUAUAUUUUUGUAAGUUAAGUGUAUAUAAAUUUUUAUUUUUUAUUCAAAAUUAACUUAGUGACCUCCCACUACUAGUGCUAAAAUUAGCAUAAUGUAAUUUACAUUAUUCACAGCCAAUGUAUCUUAUGCCAAUUUAAAUUUAGUUAUUAUUUAACCUGAGUAAAAUAUAUUUAUUUGGUAAUGUUCAGAUUGAUUUCUGUGGAAUUAUUGACAUAAUAAAUAUAUACUUGUUUGGCAUAAUGAUAAUUGCUUUAUAAGCCGAGAUUACAAGCUCUGUCUAAAAACGCAAGAUAUCUCCAACAUGACUAUCACACCAUCAUUAUGUCAUCUCCAACAUCACUGUCACACCAUCAUCGUAUCAUCUCCAACAUCACUAUCAACACCAUCAUUGUCAUCUCUGACAUGACUAUCACACCACUGUGUCACUUUCAACAUGACUAUCACACCAUGUGUCAUCUUCAGCAUGACUAUCACAUAGGUGCUGUGAUGCUAUCAUCUCUCAUCAUAAGCAGUCCUCCAUCAUGCAAAACACUAGUCAUAUUAUCAUUGCCAUCACUGAUACCAUUACCCAGAGUUGUAAUUGUAACAUUUGUGUGUGUACAGGGUGUACUUGACCAAAUAUAAAUUUGCAUGAGGUUAAAGAGCCUAUAUUGGCCCUGUAUUACUCAAAUGGGUCAUAUAUGACUAAUAAGGCUUUUGUAACUUAAUAUGUCCGUGAACAAAUCAUAAAAACAAUAGCUGUUGCAUUGUGAAUUACUCAUAUUUGAACUCAGCUAAGAUCAGGGUAACAGUUUAUUUGUUGUAUAUAUAUAUAUAUUAAGAUUUUUGUUCUAGAGGACAAGUUUAAUUUGGCCAAAUUUUAGAUGAGCCAGUUAAUACUGGCUGUUAGAUUGUUUCUCAUGAUACCUUGGCUUAUCACAUCUAUUACUACUACAAAUAUUUUGCACCAGUCACAAACCACCAUCACUUUUACCACCACCACUACUACAGUCACAGCCACAAACACAACUGUAACCCACCCUACAACCACCACCACCACCACCACCACCACCACCACCACUGUUGUUGUUACUAUAGCAAACAGUAUGGUAUUACAAUACCCAUUAUAUGAAUCUACUGAUUAUCUGGAUUUAGUCAACAAUGUCCUGCUUUGAAAUACUUACCUAGCAUUUGCAUGCAAAUUUUCCAAAGGUGGUAACCAUUUGGUGUCCUGGCUAGUAUUGGCAUACCUCAAACAUGUAGGUUAUGAUUCCAGAAUUUCCCAGUCUUUCUCCAGUAACUACAGUAGGGUCUCAACUUUCACUGAUCUGCACCUAUGAACAGAGCAGCUUGAAAUCAAUUAAUUUCUUAAAUGUUGAUCUGUAGAUAAGAGCAUUGUAAACAUUCAUAUAGAAAUAAUUUUUAGUAAUAAAUUUCUCAAGUUAUUUUCUUAUCAGUAUAUUAGUUUUUUUUUUUUUUUACGCACUAGCCGUCUCCCGAGGUAGGCUGACCUGAAGGAAAAAAAUUUUCACCACAGGAAUUAAUCUGUAUGCAUGAAUAUUGAAAACUGCAAAUGUGUCAAUUCUUUGUGUAAUAAGAUGUAUCUGUUUUAGGUGUGUGCCAGAGUAUCAUUGCUAAUAUUGAGUUAAUUUUGGUGGUAUUGAUGUAGGUCUAAAAUUUAGUAUCAAUAUUGGUAUCAGCUAAAAUUUUGGUAAUGUCCUAGUUUGUCAAAAUUUUUUUUUUUUUUUUUUAGUUUAUGAUAAAACACUAGCAUGUUUAAAGAGACUGGUCUUACAUCAUCCUAGUGGCAUUAAUAGUGACAGUCACACCAAGAAACAUUUGCAGAGCUGCCAAAGGUCACCACUUCCAGCACAAUCCAAUAGUGUUCAUUGUCUGUCAGAGGAUUUUUAAUGAGGAAGUGGCAGACAAGGUUACUUUUUAUUUCAUAUUUUGAUCAACAACUCAUUAUAAUAUUGCUUAUGAAAGGCUGUCAAGACCCUUCAAGGGGUCUCGUAAGUAAAAUUAUAAUGGGAUCCAAGGAAUUAGAGCUACCCUCCACUUCUUUGGAUCAAACAUAAUUACCUCUCAUUACUCAGGUGCUGCAUGACCUUCUGGGUUUAGUGCAUCCUCACAAAUACAGUACAAUAAUAUAUUUAUUUAUUUUUAUUUUUUUGCUAUUUAGUCAGUAAGAGGAAUAGUGCUGUUGGUUUUAGGUACUAUAGCUUCUUUUUAAAAUCAAAAUAAACUCAAAAUCUUUCUUUCUAAGAAGCAUACAUAGUAAUUACAAUUAUGGAGAGGUAUAUUUUAUAGGAAGACAUACAAAAUAAUUUAACAUUUUAGUUACAUCUAAAAUUUUGAUAAUGAAAAAAUUUGCAUUUCAAGGGAAAACUUCUGUUAUCAACCUGAGUGUUGUAUUUUAGCAGCGGCAGGUCCAGUGGUGUUCAUAUUACCAUGCUGUUUACUGUUGCCAUCAUCCUCAUUACUUAUACCUCCAGAAUAUUGUACCAUUAGUCAUGUUACAACACCAUUAUACCAUAACAUUAGUCAUGUUACAACACCAUUAUAUCAUAACAUUAGUCAUGUUACAACACCAUUAUACCAUAACAUUAGUCAUGUUACAACACCAUUAUACCAUAACAUUAGUCAUGUUACAACACAUUAUAUCAUAACAUUAGUCAUGUUACAACACCAUUAUAUCAUAACAUUAGUCAUGUUACAACACCAUUAUACCAUAACAUUAGUCAUGUUACAACACCAUUAUACCAUAACAUUAGUCAUGUUACAACACCAUUAUACCAUAACAUUAGUCAUGCUACAACACAUUAUAUCAUAACAUUAGUCAUGUUACAACACAUUAUAUCAUAACAUUAGUCAUGCUACAACACAUUAUAUCAUAACAUUAGUCAUGCUACAACACCAUUAUAUCAUAACAUUAGUCAUGCUACAACACAUUAUAUCAUAACAUUAGUC